UGGGCUGCGGAGGGUGGAAGCACUUUCACUCACGCGACGAAGUUGUCGCGCAUUCAAAGCCACCGAUGCCGCGAAGGGAGAGUUGGUGAUCGUACAUUCCUUCUGCAGCCACACCGCGAACCCCCGGGUUCAUCUGCUAUCUUCCGGUCCGGCGAGCGUUGGAAAUCCGGAUGUGAAACUGCGAGCAUGGCCCGCUGCUCUAGUGCCGGAUUGAGUUUUGAACAAUGGGAAUAUUGGUUAUGCCAAAUCCGGUUCGUACAAACCGUGUGCAUCGAGGUUUGGGUGAUGAUGAGACGAGUACGGGGGCGCUACCGGUUCACUGCAGAGAUCCGGAUAGAUAGGACGCAAAUUGGACAAACAUUGGCAGCAAUUUCGGUAACAUGCCGUUUGACACACCUUCAAAAAGGGAGAUAAUGCAACCGCUGAUAAGGAGCCAUCGUUAUCGUGAGUGUAAUGUAGAUGACAUGCGAUGAAAUAUUGGGCAAUGUCGGUCUCGAAACGUAAAAUAACAUCCUACAGCUGAUCCUGGUCGGUGGUGACUUUGGGAACGCCUUAAAUGGGCACUUUGCACCCGGAGUCAAUUCCGGAUCUGUUUUCUGGUUCUCAUGCAGCUGUUCGCGAGUGUGCUUUGUACUUCACCGUGCAUUUAACGCCUACACCAAAGUGGAAAGGAUGGGAAACGGAGCUGAAGCAGAGGCAGCGCGAAGACAAACGGCGGCCCUGUUCACUCCACUGUUCGCUUCCUGCGCUGGAAGACGCGCUUCGAUCAUCGUUCCUUCGGCACUGCUGCCACCCGCCAGAGAAAGAGAAAGCGUUUCCCCCUUGUCUUUCCUUGGCCGUGGAAAUGCCCACCGGCAGUGGCAGCUGCAUUGCGAGGCAGCCCAAGGUCCGGGAGAAAACCGUUUCGUUUCGAUUGCUGUAACCGCGUGCCGCGAAGCCAAUCGGAAACCGAACCGAUCGGGCGGUGAACGGAUGAAAGAGAAAGGUAAACAUCGCCCGCACUCGAGCUCUCUGGCAAACAGUGCAACGGCAAAUUGGGUUUGGUUGGGGUGGGUAGCUGAAGCAGCUACUACUGAACCAAACGGAUGUUGCUGUUGCGACCUGCGACCUGAGAGAUACGCUGCAAAGAAAGCUCUUCAUUGCGGCCAGAUCCGGAAGAUGCCAGCGAAAGCCCUGAUUUCUGUACGGGGAUUGUGAGGAUGGAGCAAAAGUGAAAGGACACACAGGCAAGGAAGCUCCAAGGAAGCGGGCGGUCGAAAGUCAGUUCGAUUCAGAAGCUAUGAAAAUCUGCCUUCGAUUCAGCGGAUAUGGAAUAUCUAUUCUUGCUCUCGCUGUUGUCUCCUUCCUUCAAGAUCUUGAAAAACGAUGAAGAUGACUUUAAAGCUUCCCUGCAUCCCUGAAUUACGAGUGCGGACGAGGCGGAGAACAAUAGUCAAGAUGUUCCCACAGCGGGAGCACAGCGAGGAGCGCUGGAAGAAUGCUGCCGAGAUUUGCAAACGCUUUAACGGCUUCUCUUUCACGCUUCCUUUUGUACACCGUUUUACCUACUCUGCGGGUUUGUCCAAGGCUUCGACGCAAUCUCAAAUCGCUGUCGUCCUCAACCGAUGAUCCACCCAGGGUGAGAGAAAAAAUGGGAGCAACCUCCUCAACGCAAGAGCGUUCCCGAUGCGUUCCCUCGUCUGUCUCUUUUCCCAUCAACACAAGUGGCAGGUGUGAGAACUGAUCUGACUGGGCGAAGGGGACGUACGUAUGUUGUGGUGCAAGUCGGGGGUGUUGGCUAUCCUUCGCAGCGCGCAAAAUAAUCCACAAACAACAACCUGCGAAGGUGAAUCGCGCGUGCGUCGUCCGCAACUCGAGAAGAUCCGCAAACAAGCUUCUUCAUUAUCGCGUCAUUGUUGGGGUCGUUGUGGUGGUGGUCGAUUUCAUUCUGCCCUCUGACGAAGCGCCGGACAUUCAUUCGCGAGGGCUGGUCGUGCGCGCUCUCUCUCUCUCUCUCUCUCUCUCUCUCUCCUCACUUUCGCGGUUGGCUCUCCUUUACUUGUCCAUGGUUUGUGGGGGGUUGGUUUGCUGUAUCGCUGACGAGUACAGUCGAGGACAGUCUCCCUGGCUUGAGAGGGGCGAAUUGUUGAUUCACACCCCUACGCACACCAGGCGAAUGACUGACCCCCGCGUGAGGCAUAGUCGUGGAGAUGCUUGCGGUGUCGCAUGUUCGCAGCAUCGGAGCUUUCGCGAUUUGACCCCAUCGUCGUGGGGUGACACUCUCACACACACACACCCCCAGCGGUGUCGUGCUCUUCGCCCGUUGACGUGACAUACUCACGACGCAACGGCAGCACGUCAGCCACCGCCAAGUCCACCAAGCGUCUUUGCGGCUCAAGAGAAAAGAGAGUCUUUUCGCUUCUCUAAACAUCGCCUAGUUCUCCGCUGCACACCUUUCUUCUACACGAGCUGGGCUCAUCCGGCUCUGGGUUCACCGAUCACCACCGAUUGUGGUGGGGUGGUGGGUUGUUGGGCCUCCCCCUUCACGGGCCGCGCGAGAAAUCGGAAUUAAAAUUUUGCUACGUCAAAUGAAUGGAAAACAGUUGUAGUUCACCGCUCAAGACGAGCUGUUCGUGCGUCGUGCGUGUGGAGGAUCGCGAUUUGUGCUGUGCGUCCGGUUGCGUUGCGUUGCGUUGCGUUGUCGCUUCGGUCUCAUUCGUCUUUACCUGAGCGACCGUUUCGGGAAAGGGUCUCCACCGAAAUCAGGCCAUUUCCAUUGACGGCUCGUCGCUCGGCAAUUCGGUUCCGGAACUAGCAGCAGAGGCAGCGAGUAGCGUACGUGCGGUGUGUCGGUCUUGGUCGCUGUGUUCACACUUGAUUUUAUAACCGUCCGCAAAGCAAAUUGCGGACGUAGGGAUUAGUGCCGCGCCAAAAUCAACAACUGCGCUUGUUCAUUACCGCAGUGGAGAGCCACCGGGUACACACACACGCGGCGCUCCUACAUAGGUGCACGUGUACCGAAAGAGGAUGUUUGCUCGGAUGCGCGAAUUAUGUGUGCGUGUGUCAGUGUGAGUUUGUGUGAUCAUUGAUGUGGCGAAGGAGAGAGAAAGAGAGUUUGCGAGAGAGAGAGAGAUCUUCAAGAAGGGCAGAAGCGAUCGAUCGCGGAUGUGAUCGUGGUUCUCGCAGGUCGUGAAGCUGAGUGAAGUUUGUUGGUGGCACCUUGAUAAGUGCGAAAACGUUCGAAACGGUGUGCCAUUUCGGUGGAGUUUGUCCCGAGCAGUGUUCCGGCUGGUGCGUCAAACCCGCAAAGAGCAAUCCCCGCGCACCAACAUCACCACCACCCGCCACCGCCACCGCCACCAUUCUCUGUGCUGCGGUGCUUUAGAUCGUCACGAUCGAUCGAUUUGCUGACGUCACGUUGCGGCGCACACAGCGCAAGUUGGAGCUUGUGCGAACGGCAAGCAAAAGGCACCGCCGCGCGUUUCCGAUCACGAGUUCCUCCAGUGCGGCGACCAGAGCGCACACGGGGUAAAGCGAAAUUGCGUACUGCGUGUGUGUACGCGAGAGCACUAGAGCGAUCAGCAGCGGUCGGGCCAGGUGAUCGGACGGACUGCCCGCGCGUGACGUCACUUGAGUUGCAAAAUCCGGGUUCUCUGACAUCUGCACGCGCUUUGGGACGGGCAAGGGCCAACGUGUAUCUGUGAUACGAACCAGAAACGAGGUUAAAUGAUCUUUGUGCGAAUUUUGUAAAACGGACAUCGUGACAAGCUAGCGAAACGAGAAGCGAGAAAGAAAGUGAGUGUACAUCCGUGUUCGCGGCGGUUUCCAACGGCCUCAAGCUGUGCGUACGUGUGUGCACGCAUACCGCCAACACGACUUACACACCUGCUCUCAUCUGUUACGACGAUCGUAUGUGAGUGUGAGUGUGUGCUGGUGCGCGAGUCGCGUUAGUCAAUGAGAGCAGCGCAUCCUCCUUCGCUAUCCUUGCUGGGGUGAUCAUUCAUAAGCUUCAUGUGGCCAUAAGCCGAGCGACAUCCUGCAGACGUGCGCAAACCAGUUCCUAGUGUCAUACAAACCAGUUCCUUGGCGAACUCUCAAGAAAAACGGCAACAUCAGUCGCAACAAUGCUCAUCACCACGAAUUUUAAUCAGAAGCAAUUCAUUGACUCGCUAUGCACGAACGAGGCCGAAGAUUCCAGCUAUGACAGCGACUGCGACGGUGACGAUCUCUCCCACGAGCAAGUGUCGCGCACAGCGAGUGACACGCUCGGACAAGAGUUUGCCGAGUACAUAAACGUCCCCACCGGUCCAAGUGCCGGACAUCAUCAGCAACAUGGGAAGGACGUCUCCCCGACGACCCUACCCGAACACUCCCCAGGGUAUCAGCAGAGGGUGGAGUUUGCCCUGAAACUCGGCUACACCGAAAAACUGGUACAGGCCGCUCUACAACGACUGGGCCCAAAUCCGGCCCAGAACGAGCUGCUGGCAGAACUGAUCAAGCUAGGAUCACAGCCGGGUGCAAAAUGUGGCAGCGAGUUCACAAUCGAUGCCCACGGGCAUCAUGGUGUGGGGAGUGGCGGCGACUCGGGAGGGACAGUGGAACUCGCGGCAUCGGUGACAGCGCUCGGCGGCGGUGGAUCCGCGUCGAUGGUUAACGAAGAAUCUCUGCGCCCGAUAGUGAUAGACGGGAGCAAUGUUGCAAUGAGCCACGGUAACAAGGAGGUGUUCUCCUGUCGCGGUAUACGGCUGUGCGUGGAUUGGUUCAAGAACCGGGGCCACAAGGACAUUACGGUGUUUGUGCCCAAGUGGCGCAAGGAAAGCUCCCGACCAGACAACCCCGUCAAGGAUGGGGAGAUUUUGAACGAGCUGGAAAAGGAGCGCAUGCUAGUAUUUACGCCGUCGCGGCUGGUCGGCGGCAAGCGGAUGGUCUGCUACGACGAUCGAUACAUUCUAAAGCUUGCGGCAGAUAACGAUGGCAUCGUCGUGUCGAACGAUAACUAUCGCGAUCUGGUGCAGGAAAGCACCGAGUUCAAGAAGGUCGUCGAAGAGCGGGUACUGAUGUAUUCGUUCGUGAACGAUCGCUUCAUGCCGCCGGACGAUCCGCUCGGCCGUUCGGGGCCCACGCUGGACAACUUUCUGCGCGUGCAGCCGCGCAAAGGCGAUCCGCCCCCACCCUGCCCGUACGGCAAGAAGUGCACCUAUGGGAAUAAGUGCAAAUUCUACCACCCGGAACGGGGCAGCCUGCCGCACAAAUCCGUCACAGAACGGCUUUCCGAGCACGCGGCGCGACAUCUGCAGGCGCGCAGUGGACACGACCCAUCGUCGGGUGCUGCUGGCGGUCGCAGUGCGGUGCAAGGCAAAUCGCUCAGCGUUCCACUGAGCAACAGCAGCAACGAGACUAGUCCCAUCAACGAUAAACGGAAAGCAUUAUGUCGCACAAGAUCAAACGUACCUUCGGAAAGCGCCAAUACCCCGUACGGUGGCGCUGGCAUGACUCACGCCCAUGGCGGACACUCCGAGCUGCUACCGCUACCCCAUCCUGUGCAACAUCCAGCCGUGCGCCAGCAACCACCGCAACAGUUGCCUUUCCACGCUCCGCCAGUGCCAGUGGCCAGUAAUCGAGCCCUGCCGUGGGAUCUUUCCCCUCAGCAGCAGCAGCUUCAUCAACAUGCCAGUAUGGUGGACGUGCAGCAGAUAUUCCCCAAAUCUCAUAGUAUAGAAAAUAUAUCUAAGGAACCGCCACCGUACGGCCACGCUGGACUCCACCAUGCCGGUUGCUACGGUGCUCAGGCCCUUUGGCCCCGACAGCAACCUCCGUCCCAACAGUCUCCCCAGCCCCAGGUGACUGGGCCCGGUAGUGCGAGUGGGACAGGCGGCCCAGUAGUACAGCAGCCACCACCAUUGGACCAGAGCGAUCCGAGCGGGUUGGUCGAUAGUGUGAAUCUACACCGGAAGCUACAGCGUCAGCUGACGCUCAAUCCUGCUGGCUGUGAUCCUCGAAUAUAUCAGAUGCAAAGGCUGCAGCAGCAACAGCAAUCGUCGCAGCAGCAUAAUCCCUCGCCACAAACCCCUUCCCAGCAGCAGCUCUCACCGCACCGACCCCUGGCCCCUUCCCUUAGUGGUGGCACGCGUCCUUCGCCUCCCACCCAGUGGGAACUACAUCAGCACGUCACUCGGAUUGCUUCGGCUCCAGAUUCCUCGCGUCCCUGGGGUCACAAUGGGCCACCGCCGGCGUCUUCCUCCGAACCGCAUAUCAACCUCGGCUGGUCACCAAGCCCCGGUCAAGGUGGUCCCACCCCGGCCCUACAGCAACAGCAGCAGCAGCAGCAGCAGCAGCAUCAUCAGCAACAGCAACAGGACCGACGUCGGUUGCACUACCAUCUGGCCAGUAUCUUCCCGGAGGAUCAAGUACAAACCGUCAUGCAGAUGUACCCGGACGAAACAAAUCCGCAGAAAAUAUGCGCCGCCAUACUGGCCAUGUAUCAGAAGAUGUAAAUGAGCAAUUUGGAGGAACAGGCCGUCGGAUACGCAAGCGCGGAUGCUUGAGAUGCUUGAGAGACAGGAUGACCGCAUGGAAUACUCAAAACACUCCGUAAUGUUAAGCAAAACUAUUCAUUAUUUUUCUCCCUCUCUCUCUCUCUCUCUGUCUCCCUCCUUGUUGGAAUACCACACACACACACACACACACAUGCAUCCAGCACACGUGACCAUUCGCGGUACGCGUGCCCGUUCAAAUCCGUACUGGCUCUAAUCCUUAUCGUGUAGUAAUAUUAUUAUUUUAUACUAAUUAUUAUCAAACGAAUGGUGGUAGGGUGCGAAGUUGCCUUGCGCUUCGAUAGGCGUACAGGGGACUUGGGCGUUAGAGGAAAGCCAUUGAGGAAAAUUGAGUGAACGCAAUGGGCAAGUGGCAAGAAAAUAGCGAAACAAGGCAAGGUGAGCGUAUAAUCUCAAAAGAUUUUAUUUAAUAAACAGUUCGCUCGUUGUCGUAGACACGGCGACGUUUGUACUUCUUCCAGUUAGUUACUACCGCGUAACGAUGUAAAGAUAUUGACCGCCUCAUGGGCAGAAUAUUUAAAUCGAUAAGGCAAGGAAGCAAGGAAAGCAGGAGGGUGGAGUGGAAGAGGGGCUAGGAGACUGUUGUGUUGUAGCGGACGGAAAAUACACAUCUUCAAAUCUAUUACCAAUUUUACUAUGCUAUAAUCUGUUAAAAACGAACAACUACAACAACAACAACAACAUACAUUUCCCAACUAUUUACUGAAUUUCCUGUUCAAACGAUCUACACACGCGCGUACGCAUGUAAAUGUAGCGUUUGCGCUACGAUGACACACACACAGACAGACAGAAGAGAUGGUGUCCAUGGAAGCGCAGCAAAGCUACUAGGUUGCUAGAUCUAUUGCUACUAGGGGCAUCCAUACAUAUAUUGCUUUACUUCAUAUUGGAGUAUGAGUUUGUGUUAGCAGCCGUGGAGGAUAAAUGAUAGAGAGGAUCCCCCAUACAAGCCCCCCCACACACACACACACACACGUACACGCAGGUGCGUUUCGUUUGUGUUUUUACUGCAACCUUCCGAUACUGCUUCCAAUUAAGUUAAGCGUGUGAAGUGCUUCCGACGCAUGUAAAACCAGUAUUCCGUUCAUCUUUUUUUUAUUUCGAUGAUAUUACUGCUAUUACUAUGAAAUAUAAAGCAAGAUAAACUAUCACAUUAACCCCCUCUUUUUUUGGUUUCAUUCGGACCCAGGCAGUAAUACUUAGAAAAUGGCUCGGCUGUAUACUGCGGGUGUAUUGAGUAAGAAGCCCCACUUUUAUUCCUUUAUGCUUACUUUGCAGUACGCGCAUAAUGGCUAGUUUUUAGAGAACGUUAUACGACAGAAGCGUGGAAUGAGCGUUGGGACACUCGAAGGACACGAUUUGAAAGUCAUCUCCCUACAGCAUAAAGUUAACAGUCGCGCACAGAACAAGAUGUGAAGUGGUGGAUUUUAUUUGAAGAAUGGUUGUUUUGGCUGCUGGUGUACGCGGCACUGUAUGAAAUGAAUAAAGAAAACCUGCGCUGGAUAUCCCGGCAAACUGCUGUAAUCGGCAGAAACCAUA